AUGCAGCUCUCUUCCAGCGUGGCUGAACUCAGCUGUGACGACGCCAUGGACCCCCCCGCCGAGGACUUCCAGCAGGUCCUGUCCAUCGACCAAAUCCGCUCCAUCCGUGCCAGCAACAACUACGUGGAGAGACCGGCGGCGCGCUUCCAGCAAACCCGCUCCAACCCCUCUGCGUCGCAGCCCCCGCACAAGCACGAGUGCUCCCAGGACCGCCUGGCCUCUUCCACCUUGCAGGACCCUCACCACGGCCAGCAGCAGCAGAUGCCGCCUCUGCAGCCGCACCUGAGCCACUCGAGCACGGCCAGCUCGGUGUCGCAGAGCACCGCGGCCUCGGAGCAGCGCCUGCUGGGCUCCCUGACUCCGUCGCACUCCGGGCACUCUCUGGUGAGGACGCAGCCCCGGCCGGGCGAGCUGAAGGCCGAGGAGUGUGGCGGGAAAGGCGCGGAGCAGGCGGCGGCGCACGGGCACGUGCUGCUGUGCGAGGCGUGCGGGCGGUGCCGCUGCCCUCGAUGCACGGCCGCGCGCAGCCUGCCCUCCUGCUGGCUCUGCAACCAGCGCUGCCUCUGCUCCGCCGAGAGCCUCCUCGACUACGGGACCUGCCUCUGCUGCGUCAAGGGGCUCUUCUACCACUGCUCCACCGACGACGAGGACACCUGCGCCGACGACCCCUGCUCCUGCGGGCCGGGCUCCUGCUGCGCCCGCUGGGCUGCCAUGAGCGUCCUGUCCCUCCUCCUGCCCUGCCUCUGCUGCUACUUCCCCACCCUGGGGUGCCUCAAACUUUGCCAGAGGGGCUAUGACGGUCUGAAACGCCCCGGCUGCCGCUGCCAGAGCCACACCAACACGGUCUGCAGGAAGAUCUCCUCGGCCAGCGGCACGCCCUUCCCCAAAACCCUGGACAAGCCGGUAUGA